UGGCGCUGUCGUAUCACUAACAGCAAAAACCCCAAAAAACAUUAGGCCUACAAUUUAGUAUAAGUUAAUGUAGAGUCUAAGGAUAGCAGGUAACGCUUGAAUAAAUGGCAAGUAAUUCAGAAUUGUACGAUUUUUACGUGGGAGAAGAAUUUUAUUCAUGGGAGGAGUUUCAAGAAAAGUUGAAGCGUUUUAUUGAACACAAUCAUAUUCAAUUACGUGUUCUACAUUCAAAGUCGGUAGAAGUUGCGAACAGGUACCUACCAGAAAAUGCCAAAAAACACCCAUCUCAAAAUAGAUUUGCCAGUAUUAUGUAUACUUGCGUUCAUUACGGAAAACCACGUAUUCGUAGUAGAGGCCUUCGCCCGAACCAGUCGAGUUUGAAAUUGGAAUGUGCCUCCAAGCUGUAUAUUUCAUCAUGCAGAAAAACUGGCAAACUGGUUGUUAAGACUUUUGUUAAGGAGCAUAAUCAUGAAAUCGGACCACAGAUAUCUUAUCAAAAACAGAAAAAAUACAGAAGUAAAAAAGGUUAUGUUCCAAAAGUGUCUUACACUGUUAUGACAACAGAAGAAGAAACUGUAAAAGAGGAAGAUCAGUCAUCAGAGGAGACCCUGUCUUUAACAAACCUUUUGAUCUGUUUGAGGCAUGAAAAUGAUUGGUUAUUUACUGAAGGAGUAGUCACAAAGAACCAGGCUUGGGAUUUAAUAGCACAAAAAGCAACAGAGCUUAGUGGUAUUCUAAUCAGUGGUAAACAGUGUUUUAAAGAGUGCAAGAAUAUUGAAAGAAAGCAUAAAGAAGUCGAACAUCCAAUUAUGUAUAUAAAUAAUAAAGAUGGAGAAUUGGAAGUUGAUGAUAUAAUUCCACAUCUAAAUGCCCAGCCAUCUCAGUUGUGCAAGGAUUAUAAGUCAGAGGACUUGCAUUUUCCUGAUAACCUUGUUGAAAUGAGGGAAUGUGACAUUUCAGCAUUAGCUGAUGAUGAUGAUGAAAAUAACUUAAAUCAGUUCACUUCAACUUCUGAAAUUAUUCAGGCACUGAACACAUUUAGGAAAGAAAGAAAAAAAGAUGAGGAAGAUAGAAUGAAAAGACUUGAAGAAAUGCAUAAAGAAAGAAUGCAAUUAUUGGAGAAAAUAGUAAAUGCUAUUAAACAAUAAUGAUUGAAAACUUAUCAUGAGAACUUUUGGCAUAGUGUAAAUAUAAAACUUAUUUUUAUUAAAAGUAUGCAACUGCAA